AUGUCCUUCUCCAACACGUCCACCGGCGACAAGCCCGCCGACCCGUACAAGCAAGCCAACAAGGACAAUGUCGACGUGCCGACCAAGAUCCAGGACCUGGUCAGCUUCAUCACCGCCUGCAAGUACGGCAUGAUGACGACCCGGUGCGCCAGCUCCGGCGGGCUCGUGUCGCGGUGCAUGGCCCUCGCGGGCACGGAAAACAACGGCGUCGACCUGAUCUUCCACACAAACACCGAGUCCGGCAAGACGGACGACGUGGCGGGCGACCCGGCCGUCAACAUGUCCUUCCUCAACAGCAAGGGCGAGUGGGCGUCCAUCUCGGGGCGCGCGUCCGUCAUCACCGACCGCGCCGUGGUCAAGAAGUACUACAGCCCUGCGCUGAAGGCGUGGAUGGGCGACCUGGGGGACGGCGUGCACGACGCGUCCGAGGAGGACCCGAGGAUCGGCGUGGUCAGGCUGGGCGCGGAGACGGCGACGUACGCGCUCUCGGCCAAGGGGCAGAUCAUGCAGGCCGUCGAGGUGGCCCAGAGCACCCUGACGGGGAAGCCGGCCGAGGUGAAUAAGCUGCGGCACAUCAGCGAGGACGAGUUCAAGACGUGGAGGAAGAUGGCGCCGGGUGGGUCGUGA